AUCAAAAUUGUGUCCAGUACGCCUGGCUCUUAGGUCCAUAUGGUGUGGAUGUUUUUGGCCCAGCUUUAAAAUACUGGUUACAAUUAUACUUAGCCAAAAUUUUGAUCUAUUGAAUGCUGGGACCAAUGUAUAUGCAUAAUUUUGUUCACAGGCAUAAAGUAAAAGAGCUGAUAGAUUUCAUUCAGGACGAUGACAAACUUAGAGAAGAGCGUAAGAAAGCGAAGAAAAACAAGGACAAAUACGUGGGCAUGUCUAGUGAUGCCAUGGGAAUACAUGGUUUGGGUGGAGGUGGUGAGAGAUGGGAUGACACGCCGAGGUGGAGGAAAGAAGAAAUUGGAGAGUGGGACCAGGAUAGAGGAGGAGGGAGAGAAGACUCGCCUAACAGUGAUGAUGGGGAACACUAUGAUUCUGACCCUGAUUCUGGUUUCCCACCACCACGACAUUUCCGCAAAUCUUCCCCUGCCAAGGAGUACAAGGAUUCCGAGAGCAUAGACUCCAGUCCUGCUCCAACGAUAGGCAAGAUAACAACUCCAAUCAGAACUAAACCUAAGUCCUCUACCCCCACCAAGAAAGUAGACUUAGGUGCGGCAGCUAAUUAUGGAAAAAUCCAGGUACAAGCACCAUCAACACCAGUAGUGAAGAGUGACUUGUUGGGUCUAUCCAGUGACCCCCCACCGGUCUCGACCCCCUCCUCUACCCCUUCAGACGAUUUGUUCAACCCUCGUGGCACUGACUCCUCUCCAGCUUUUGGUGAUUUCUCCACAGCUUUCGGCACCAGUGACGUCAGUGAGAGCAAAGUAGACGAGUUUGCAGACUUCUCGUCUGCCUUCAGUGGUGGAGUUAACAGCCCGGCGGUCGCCCCCCUCUCGGCGCUCAGCCCUGUCACUCCUGCGCCUGCCUUCACUCCUGCGCCUGCCUUCACUCCCGCGCCUGCCUUCACUCCAACGCCAGCCUUCACUCCCAUUGUUGCCAAUGGCAAAGCACCAGGAACCCAAGUAUCAAAUGCUGAUCUGUUGAUGGGUCUCAACUCACCCUCCAGCCCUGCAAUAAACCCUCUUGAUGACUUUGCUCCAAUCCAAGUUGGUGCAGAUCGAUUAAUGGAGGCAUCAAAAACUCUGCUGAGAGUCUUGAGAGAAAACACAAAUCCAAGAGCCGAGAUGGAGAAAGUGACAAUGUUCCUGCCAGGGCCUCUGACUCCUCAACGAAUCGUUGGCACGGACUCUCCUCUCUAUGACUGGGACAAGUUCACUGAAAUCUGUUACGGAAAACUUCUCUCGGAAGUACUUCGACGAUUUAACACUGAGUGGCUCAAGAAGUUCGGACUCUCUGGUUGUUUGAAGCAACUAUUCGUUGUCGAGAGCGGUUCUGACAUCAUGCUUCAUGAGAGUUUGAUGUCCCUCUGUGAUGAGAUGAGAAGCUGCCAGGGACCUUCUGUUAAGUUGGACUUCAUUUUGGAGAUGUUUAAAGGUAUUUUGUUGAGUGAUCACCUUACUUCAGCAGUGAUAUCUGCCUGCAAGCGGAACUUUGAGGACGAUAUUAUUGCUGAAUCCUUCAUGACACGAUGGGAUGAAUGUGUACAACUGAUUGUUUCCUUACCGAAUCGAGUAGCCAACAAGCUAAAAGGUAAAAUGGAUAGAUUUUUUACCCCCGAAAUAUACAUAAAAAAUAUACUAGUACAUGUUGCAAAAAGUUUGGUAUAUAUGAGCAUGAUCAAAGAAGAUACCCAAUUGAAUUUUAGACCGUUGUCAGUUUUUCUAAGUAGAGUUAUAACAAACUACAAACUGAAUCCGUCUCUAUCUUCAUUUUUCCAAGUGUUGGACUAUUGGUGUACUGAAAGAGAAUCCUCAUUUUGCCAAACUGCCAAUACAUUGUUAGAAUUUAUGGAAACUACAAGUGUAGAAAUAGCUAGUAUCUUGAUCCUUAAGACAUGUUCAGAAAAAUCAACAAUUCUUCUUUUGAGCCCUGAAUUGCUUGAAAUAUCCAGCUGGAAAUAUGUACUUUGCCACAAGAUUCCUUUGCUCACAUUCCAUGAAAAUUGCAAAAUCUUAACAAAUUUAAUAGCGUUUUUAGGAAGUGUUACCAAAUAUACAGCAAGCAAAACAGAUGGCAUUGUAGACGUCACCAGUGCUCUUCCAUGUCUCCUACUUCAACUGCUUACUGUUUGGGGAGAUAAAAGUGCCAUGCAACAUACACCUCAAGAGCAGCACUUGUUCUUAUCAAAGUUGAUUGUACUAGGGUUUAAUUACCUGUGCAAUUUUCUCAAUCUGCCUCUGCACAACUCUCUCAAGAGUGCAUUACAAACAAGUCUGUUCCGUGGCAUGCCUUCACACCUGGAGAACACAACCGAAAGAGUCAGAGUUAUGGGAAUGAUCACCACAGAGUGUAUUGUUCGCCAUCUCAACAGGUUUGUGGAAGAAAAAGAUAAAAGAGUUAACCUUGAGUUUGAUUUCUCUAAAGUAAGAAGUGAAAAUUCAACUGUUGUUGAUAUCAUUAGAAAUUUAAGUGAGUACAAAUUCGAUGUUGGUGAAAACAAUGAGAAAAAGAUAACGACCCUUAAGAGCAGAGGUGACGAUUUAUUAGAAAACAUUAUUAAGGAAGUUGAGUGUGAAAUACCUAUCCCCUCUGAUCGUUAUAAAACUGACAGUAAUAUAGAGGCUUCCAAAUUGAUAAAGAAUAAUAAGGAACAGGGUGCUCAUGUCUUGGAAGAGGGCAGUGAAUCAGAAUUAGACAGUGACGAUGACCUAGUUCCAUAUGACCUAUCAAACGAUGUGAAAGCUGCUGUCACAAAGAGACCAAAGUACCUCAGAGAUUUACUAGAAGGAUUAAGAGAUGAUAAUGAUGUAGAUAUUUGGGUCGGGUCUUUGGAAGUCUGUGAAGAGUUGAUAUAUAAACAGCUUCCUGAUGAUGAUGUAUCUUUGGGUAUAGAUCUCUUGGACAUCCUGUUAUGUCUGGAAAGGAGAGUGUACUGUGAGAACUUCGACACCCUGAGAUUCUCCAGUGCUGUGGCAAUAGUUGUUGUGUGUCCUGAAGCUGCAGCGCAGUACCUUUGCAAACAGUUUCAUGAAGAUAUCGGCAAAUACUCAAUUGCACAAAGAAUGUUUAUGUUGGAUAUACUAUCAGCAGCUGCAAGAGUUUUAUCCUCUCCGAAGAGUUCAGAUAAACAAGAGAAGACAGUAGCACUUCCUAAUACAUCGAAUGUAAAGGAAUCAGACUGGCGCAGUGUAGUUCAAGCCCGUAUAGCGAGUCACACGAGAACAUUCUGCCAGCCUAAAAAGACACCCAAGAAAGGAUUUGAAAAUAAAUUCGCAAAUGUUGCUGGCUCUUUCUUCUUCCCUCUUCUGCGAGGAACAGGCAGAAUAAGUCCUGGGAUCGUAUAUUCUGCAGAUGUUGAAACAAGUUCCAGAGAAGAAUGCCGUCAUCUGUUGGUACAUUUUUUAAAAACUUGUGCUUUGAUAGUCGCGUCUUCUGUCAAUUCAACAGCUGCAACAAGGAUGGGGAAAGAGCUGAUAGAAGCUACAUGGAGCUUCAGGUUUCACGAGGAAGCUCGGAUCAGGGAAGCCGUGAUCGGUUGUUUGGCAGCUGUUGUGAUUGCCGUGCCUGCUUCUAGACUGACAUCUGAACUGCUCGACGAGAUGUUAGAGGCUCGCCUGUGGCUUGAAAAUGUUGUUAGUUCUCUCGGUGUUGUUGGGGGGCACAACUGCGAAGUCGAUGAUCAGUGCAGAUCUUUUGCUGCUCAAGUUAGUAUAUUAAUUGGUAAUGUGUUGAGCAAAUAAUAAUGUGUUUUAUGUUCUUCCUUAAUAUUACAGAUAUUUGUAUUAGUUUAUUAUUAGUUAUAUGGAAUAAACCAUAUACAUAAAGUCAUGUGCUUUGGUUCCUAAACAUGAUAAUAUUAUUUUAUAUAUAAAUGUUUGUAAAAUAGUAAAAUAGUUUCUUUUUUAUGCUUAAAUAUAUGCACAUUGCUGUUAGUGCUGUAAACCAUUUAAUAAUAUUUUAUCUAGUUAAAAAGGAUGAUAAUGCAUAAUUAUUUUCUAAGAUGUGUCAUGCAAUAAGGCAUUGUGAAUUUGCAUUUUUUUCUUAAGUAAAACAAAUACGCAAGUACACAAUACAAUGAAAUACUUUUCAACUCAAAAGAUAAUUUACAACCUGAUCUUUAAAAUCUGAUUUAAGAAACUAAAUUAUAAUAAUGUUUAUUAUAGUUUCAAUCUUUUUAUUAAGUAUGUCUUUUACAUUGACAACUAUUCAUUGUGUCUCAGGAUUGUUAGUUGGUCAUAGCUUAGAUCACCUAGUGAACUAGCAUUUAUACUGCAAACAACUGUAGUCUAAAACUAUGAACCAUUCCAUUUCCUAAUAAAUUUUAUAUAUAUUAAGUGUUACUUGUGUCUUUGUGAGCUAGUUGCUGUUUUGGAUUAGUGAAUUUUAUUUAUCAUAUUUCAUAUUUAAUAGAAACUUUACUAUUUUUUAAUGUUCUGUUUGAAAUAAAAAAAAUAAAAAUGUAUUUAUAUCAAUAUUAGUUUUUUAUUACCUGACCCGUAUGGGUGAGCAAGAAACAAUGCCAGUGAAGUCCUGUUUGUAUAUCAAAAAGUAAGGAUUGAGACAAUAUAAAAUUAAAUGAUGUCAGCUCAGAACUACCUUUGUGUU